GGGAGGCGGCGGCGGAGGCGGAGGCAGAGGCUCGAGCUCGAGCUCGGCUUCUUAAGGACAGAGGGCUGGCAGGUUCGGCUGCGGGACAGCCGGAGCUCAGGAGCCGCUCUGGCCACCUGCCCUGGCCUUCCCUGGAUCCCCGCCUGGACCCCCGUCGCCCUCAGCCAUGGCUUCACCGCUCUCCUGGCUGCUCCGCUUGGCUGCUCUCUACUGUCUAAUUGUGCUGCUGGCCGGACAGCACCACGGUGUGAGCAAGUGCACCAUCACAUGCAAGACUGUGAUAACCCAGAAGAUCCCCGAGAACCGUCUCAUCGGCUACCAACGCAAUCAAGCAUCUUGCGGCAAACCCGCCAUCAUCUUGGAGACCAUAAAACACAGACUGUUCUGUGCUAACCCAGAGGACGAAUGGGUCCGCAAAGCCAUGGAGAAUCUAGACCGAAAAGCUGCGGCUGCUGUUGGGAGCGACGGCGGCGUAUUUGAGAAGCGGACCGGCGACGAGCCCACAACCAGCCCGGCUGCCGGGGGCGGGGACGGGUCUGCGGGCUCAGAGCCCGGAGCCACAGGCGAAAGCAGUGUCCAGGAGACACAGACGGCCUUGGGGACGCCCCCAGAGCUGCCUCCCCGACUGGCUGGUUCCUGGGGGACCAGGUCCCCCAGCACUUCAAAGGCUCCGGAUGGAGGACCUUCCACGGGGCCCGAGAGAACUGAGCUUUUCAGCGCCUCUGCCGUCACCGGACCUUGGAGGAGUUCUUCCGCUUACCGACCUGGGUCGGACCUCUGGACUAAGGGAGAGGCCUCCGAAGCCCCCUCCACCCAGGCCCCCUCCACCCAGACCCCCUCCACCCAGACCCUCCCCACCCAGGCCCCCUCCACCCAGGCCCCCUCCACCCAGGCCCUCUCCACCCAGGCCCCCUCCACCCAGACCCUCCCCACCCAGGCCCCCUCCACCCAGACCCUCCCCACCCAGGCCCUCCCCACUGAGGCUCCCUCCACCCAGACCCCCUUCACCCAGGCCCCCAGCACCCAGGCCCCCUCCACGCAGUCCCCCGCUCUGUCACACGGAGCUCCAGAGGACCAUACUGGGUCUGAAGGCCCAUCUGUGCGGAUCAGUGCACAGGACCCCACAUCACAGGGCUCUCUAGGGCCCACAGAUGCAUCCAGGGUGCCCCACGUCUCCUCGGGCCUGACCACCUCCACAGGGGCUUCCCCCACGAAGCCGGAGACCUCAAGCAAUGGGGCGCUCAUGGCCAAGGUGUCCUCCCACGACCCCCAGGCAGCGACCAGGAGACAGGCCGUGGGGCUGCUGGCCUUCCUGGGCCUCCUCUUCGGCCUGGGGGUGGCCAUGUUCGCCUACCAAAGCCUGCAGGGCUGCCCCCGCAACGUGGCGGGGGACAUGGUGGAAGGGCUUCGCCACGUCCCCCGGAGCUGCGGCAGUAACUCGUAUGUCCUGGUGCCCGUGUGAGCUGCCCAUCCGCCUGUGUCAAUGUUCAACUCAAACAGCUGCCUGGGGUCCCCCGUCCUCACUCCUACCCUCACCCAAGGGCCUGGCCCGAGCUGGGAUGACCGAAGCAAGGAGGCAAGACCCUCCAGGUGGGACUGGGCUGCCCCCUUGACCAUCAUUGACCCACUGGAAACAGAGGGUGGCCCCAGCAGCUCACGCCACUGUCCCCAAGUCAGAAAACUCUCUUCUGCUGCUGACCGGCUGGAGGUUUCCUCGGACGCCGUCCCAGCCCCAGUGGACAAUUAUUUAUUGAACGCUCAACCCCUCGGGCCCGUGUCCCCAUGUGGGUGCCACGGUCAUCCCCCCUCACAGUGAGCCUCAGACCAGGCCCUCUGCCCACUCCCUCCAACCUCGUCCUGUCUCUCGGUCCUGCUGCUGUCACCAGUCACCCCCGGCCGCCUGUGGUGCUAUCUCCCCUGCCCACGCCCCAGCUGGGCACCUGUCUUCUUCUCCUGCAUGAGGUGGGUGUGGUGUUUGCUGGCACUCUUCCCUGUGAAGGCUCCGCCCUCAGCGCGGCGUCGUGGGAAGGGGAGAUGAAGCUCCCAGCGGUUUGGGUCGUUUUCUGUCCUUGGUCUGCGCCGUGUGGCGAAGGCACACGGACUCUGAGCUGGAAGCCCGGGGACCCCGUCCCAGGCCCGCCAUCGGCCUGACCAGGCAUCCAUCCCCGCGGCUUCCCGUCUGCGAAGGGAAAGCCGGACAGCGGAUACGUGGCGAUAACCUGUGCCCCUGACCGUCGCCAUCACUAAGUGGUCCAGGGACCCCUUUCCCCGGACCCUGGGUGCAGCAGCCUCGCAGCUGUCCACGACAGAGCACCUGAGCCAUUCUCUACCGGUCGGUGAGACGGGCGCCCCCGUGGGCCCUGUCCCCGGGAGAGCCCGACGGCCCAGCCCUGCCCUGUUGGAGGGGUCAGCACCGUGGGCCCCCUGAGUGAGGGCUGGGCAGGGGUAGUUACGGGGCACAGACCAAAUUUUAAGGACGCUUUCUGACUCUGAGAACAGCUCCUCUCUGUGUCCCCCAGGCUUACAGGGACACUGACACAGCCCCGGGGACAUGUGAUGGGCUGGAGGAGGCGGGGAGACCCUCCACAGAAGGGUCCGGGGUCGCCCACUUGGUCUUUCUGCCUGAGGCCAGGGUUCCCCGUUCCCCUCUCUGGCUCCCAGAAAACACUGUUCUCUGCACACCAUCUUCUCCUCAUGGUGGGCAGGGCCAGAAGUGUCCGUGACGUUUUCUAUAGGCUCAGAGCUUCUCAUGCUUCUUUCUGAAAGGAGCUCUGUCCGUGGGGGAAGGGAUGUCGUGGGUGUGGGUUCCUUGCGGCUGCUGAGGACUCAGGCAGGCUGACCUGGGGGAGGCUGGAGGCUCACCAGUCAGCCAGCACCUGUGGUCAGAGCCGGACCAGCAGGCCUCACCCCUCAGGGUCCUUGGUGGCAGCUCCCCACCUCCCUCUGAUUGUCCCCAAGGGUGAUCCUUGCCCCCGACCUGAGAAACCUCCCAGGGGCUGGGCUUCCUCCGGACACAGGUGACCCAUUCCUUCGCAGAUGGAUACUCGGAACAAAGAAAGGACCGGGUCUCCCUGCAUGCCACUGCCGGGCGCGGUGCCCCUCGUCUGGGCUUGGCCUGAGUGGGGAGGCACUUUGAGGGGGACAGCAGAUCUGAAUGCACUUUUUUUUGGCUCCUGCCAGCUGGGAGCCUCCAAGGGCUGGGAUGCCUGUGAUGGGUCUCCCCUCCUUUGUCAGAAAGCAGCUGGGGCAGCUGGUCCCUUCCCACGACGUUGUUCGUCCCCCCACCCCGUGAGACACGGGCAAGAACAAUCCGGGGAGGGCUUUAGAAGAAGUCGGUCAAUCCUUUUGCUUUUCCAACCCCAUCCCCAAUGUGUGUGCCAUUUUGUAUUUUACUAAUAAAAUGGAAAAGUCUUGUGAAUC